GCAAAUACUGGCCAAAGCACCAGAAAGCCAUAUGUAAAGGUGGUGCUUUCUCACCUUACCAAGACUGACAGUGGUGCCCACAUCAGGAGAAUGUGCAGCAUGAAGAACUGAAUGUUGAAAAUACACAACUCAGUGAUCACAGGAUUAGCCUGAUUAAAACAAUGGGACUCAUAUGUGGAAAAAAGGUUGUCACCACUUUUCCAACACUUCAAGAGUCUACUGACACUCAACGUUGCCCUCUAGUGGGAUUCUGAGGCUACAACACCCACUUCUUCCCUGGAUGAAGCAUCUCUGAAAGUGUAUUUGACCUAUUGAAGAACUGCAAAACUAGCUCGAGCUACAUCAGUGGGACUGUCAACUGGGCUACCUGAAGGAGUUAUUAACUGGAAGGUGGCGAUGUUCUCAUGCAAUAUAAUAAUAUAUGCUAGAGUUUGCAUUCAAGAAGCAACAAAUUGAGUCUAACAAGAGAGGACACUUUCCAGAAGAGGCAAGACAGACAAAAGACGGAUGGACGCAUUGUCAAAUAGCACACUAACCACAGCUACAGUAGCUCCAAAUGACACAAGGAGGUCCACCUCUCACAGGUGGGAGUUCCUGGUGGCUGUCCUGGCCACCGCCAUCUUGCUCUCCAUUAUCAUGGCCAUUGUGGCUAAGUGUCAAGUGAUUAGGCACUACCUGGCCAGCUACCGGCACACUCGGCUCAGCGAGGCAGACACACAUGACCAGUGUGAGCAAUCGUCAGGCCUGGAGGUGGAGUUUGACAUGCAUGGGGAAUGUGUAAUGAACCCUCAUCGUCCUGUGUGUGCUGAAGAUGAUGAUGGCUUCAUUGAGGACAACUACAUCCCAGCAAGUGAAAGGGAGAGAGCUGAAAGAGAAGCAGAAGACAUGGAGGACACAGAGGAAGAAAUAGAUGAAAUUGAAUUCACCAUCGCUUAGAAAGCGUGGUGUCCUCUGCUACAUAAACACUAGCAACACUUUCUGCUCAGUGUUGUAAAAAGCGCAUUUAAAAGUCAAAAUGAGCACCAAAUAAUUGAAGCAUGCAGGAUUAUGGUGUUUAUGGACAAUUUAUGGACACAAUGCUGCUGUUCAAGUGUGCAGACCUACAAAGUCUAUAAAGUUGUUUUUUUUAAUACAAACCAAGUGGUCCAUGCCUGAAUUGUUUUAUGGCUGUAAAUAAUAAAAGUUUUAUUAACUUAUUGUAGUAUCAACGCCACAGAAUUAUUUUAAGAAGCUUGUAAUCAUACUUAAAACAAUCAUAUUUUUGACAUCUUUUGCUUCACUUAAGAGCAGAGGGGCUUUCUAAAAAAAAAAUCCUCUCUUUUACUUGAAAAUACAAUAAAUAAUAAAUGUGGAGCAAUUGUGAGCAAUUAAUGAAUGUAUUAAUGAAUGUAAUGAAUGUAUAAAAAAAUCUUGAAGAGCCAAAGCAUAACAGCAAUGUAAAUAAGUGACCAUCCUCCUCUUAAGCUUUCAGCCACAUUAUUUGUUUUAAAAGAAAAAUCUUAAUGUAUUUGGUCACAAUUGUGACAUAAUUUAUUGUAACAUAUUGCUAUUAUGAAUAAAUAUAUGAAUAACCAGAAA